AUGGUAUAUGCCUCUCUAGUCUUUAGGCUUCGUUUAAUAUAUAGAUCAUCAGGCUUCGUCUUCGAUCUUCAGGCUUCGUCUUCGAUCUUCAGGCUUCGUCUUCGAUCUUCAGGCUUCGUCUUCGAUCUUCAGGCUUCGUCUUCGAUCUUCAGGCUUCGUCUUCGAGCUUUAGGCUUCGUCCGUCUCGAUCUUCAGGCUUCGUCUUCGAUCUUCAGGUUCCGUCUUCGUCCUUCAGGCUUCGUCUUCGAUCCUCAGGCUUCGUCUUGGUCCUUCACGCUUCUGUCUCGAUCGUCAGGCUUCGUCUUCGAUCUUCAGGCUUCGUCUUCGAUCUUCAGGCUUCGUCUUCGAUCUUCAGGCUUCGUCUUCGAUCUUCAGGCUUCGUCUUCGAUCUUCAGGCUUCGUCUUCGAUCUUCAGGCUUCGUCUUCGAUCUUCAGGCUUCGUCUUCGAUCUUCAGGCUUCGUCUUCGAUCCUCAGGCUUCGUCUUUGGUCUUUAG